AACUUGGACUUUAGGUGAUCUUGUCGCAUGUAACGUCCUUCACAUUACCGCUCUCAUCUGCACUCUUUUCCGGCUUUGCUAUCGCGGUUACAGACGCGAACUGUGGUGGGAAGACGCAUGGGCUGCGUUGGCGCUUGUCGGCGACGCGUGCUGUCUAGCUCUCGCAUGGGCGUUAUGGGAGCAUAAUAUAUCUGGAUUCGUAGGCAGGUACAUGUUCAUGACAUGGCUGGCGUCGUGUAUGUGGAACAACGUUGUUUGGUGGUCACGCAUGAGCAUCCUCUGCUCGUUCAUACGCAUCACGCACACCAAGUCACCACAGCGUCGCGCUGCCUAUGUCUCCGCCGUUUUUUUCGUGUUGAUGUGGCUCGCACUCUUCGCGCGCCAGAUGUACCUCUGCAAGUAUCGACACUGUAUCGCGGAUCAAACGGCAAGUUUGAUGCAAAUAAUUACCGGCGUAUUCGCCGACAUCCCACUUAUCGUGCUGCCUGUCUGGCUGCUGAGAGGCUCCAGCCUGCCACGGAACCGACGGAUGCUCGUCUACGCCGUGUUCUUCUCUUCCAUGGUUAUCACCGUGUUGGUCAUUUUCCACGGCGUGUACGAUAUGGGUCCAUUCAACGAAAUGGUCGUCCUUGGCGCGCAUGUCUUGGCAGCGCUUUCGUUGAUUAUAUGCAACCUGUUUGUGAUCGUGACAUGUAUUGUUCGACUCAUAUACUGUGGGGAUGGUUCAGAGGCAGAUAACAGUCAACUCCUUACGACAGUCUUGGAGGCAGCACUUGCUGUCGAGACCUCAGCACCGCACGUUCUAGACCUACGUUUUAGUGGUGCAACGCCGGAGCUUAGCGGAGGGCCUGACGAUAUCGCCGGCAAGAACCUUGACGAUUGCAAGUCAACAGUGGAACAGAAGUAAUGCGCUUAACUACCAGAGAUUAUUCACGGAUUGUGUUUGCACCAGAAUAAUGUGUUUCUCAAGUCGUCCCAUUAUUCAACGAGCAAUUGUUGGGCGUGGCAAUAUUACGAGCGAAUAAUAAAACCACUCUGAUAAAUAAACCAAUAACGAUACGCAUUGCGCCUAUAAUACAUAGGACGUGAUACUGCCCGAAAC